UGUGUACUGGCCGCUGUUUGUGCUGAUCUUUUACUUCAUCUGCCCCAUUCCCCACUUCAUUGCCAAGAGGGUGGGAGAUGACAGCGAUGCAGCCAGCAGUGCCUGCAGGGAGCUGGCCUAUUUCUUCACCACGGGAAUUGUUGUCUCUGCCUUUGGAUUCCCCAUCAUCCUGGCACGGGUGGAAGCAAUCAAGUGGGGAGCCUGUGGCCUGGUGCUGGCUGGCAAUGCAGUCAUUUUCCUGACCAUUCUUGGCUUUUUCCUUGUCUUUGGCAGAGGAGAUGAUUUCAGCUGGGAGCAGUGGUAGGAGCUCUCGGUGGUGCUGGUAAUUUUCAAUAUUUCACAGCUUUUCCCCCCUGUUCUGUGUGUAUGUAUAGGUAUUCUGAUGUGUGUGGUGUGUUAUAACAUUCACCUGGCUUUACAUUAUCAUGUCAUAAUUUGCUUUUUGAAAUGCACUUCAGCCAAAGGGACAGUGCUGACACUUGGCUGGAAGUAGUCACUGAAAUGGGGAGUUAUUAUGAAUUUAUCCUUUGAGAAGUUUACAAAAAAUAAGCAGUUUUACACAUUUCUCACUGUAUUUGCAUUGGUUUUUUUUAUUGAAAUGUCAUUUAGCCAUUGGUCACUGCUCCUGUUGGGUUUUUAACCAUAUAAUCAGAGAUUAAUAUGAAGAUUAUCCUAAUUGGGAUUGUUCAACUUGAUCAAUUUUUCUGCUUUAAUUAGCAUCAGUUAUUAUUUCAUUUACAUCUCAUUAAUUUGAGAAAAACUGUAAUUUUUCUUAAUGAUAAUAAAACCAAACAUAAGUGAUGCCAACUCUUACUACCUGAGGAAAUCAAAAGAAAAUAACCCUGGUUAAAAACCCUUCCACUUAUGUUUGUUUAAAGAUCAUCUUCUCCCCACAAAGAUAUUUUCUGUCCCUAUUUAGUUUAAGAAUUUGGGGAAUAACAUAUUUUAAUGCAUCUUAAAGCUGACAUGACUUCUGUGAAGGUUCACAAAAGGAGAAAUUACCCUCAGGACACUUAAAUCACAUUUUAAUGUUCAACUCUGUAUUUUUAUGGGUGUGAAUUGCUAGGAAAGGAGUGUUCUGCUGGGUAGGAUUUCUUAUUUCCUCCUUGCUUUUAACACAUCUGUUUUUUGUCUGGAAGAAGGUUGUUAUUGCAUUAAAACACUAUAUUUUUAACAGCAUUAUCUUGGUAAACAUUGGCAUAAUCACACUUAAGGAAAUGUAAUUUUAUUACUUUAGUUGUGUAAGAACAGAGGGAAUGGUCAGUAAUUAAUUACUGCUAAAAGAGGAAUUAACAUUAAAAGACAGUUUAUUUCUGGAUGUUAAUGCUCCAUCCAAGACAUAGCAGGAUAAACUUACCAAAUCCUGGGAAUAACAAAUUAUUUGAGUGUCUUCUUCCUGCGUUUGAUGAAAGCUGUUGGAACUGGGAAAAUGACUUGGUUUAGUGAUAAACCAAAUUUUUCAUUUGAAACAUCAUUUCCAUGUUUAAAUCCUGCUGUGGCUCUAAAGAAGAUGCCUUUUUUCCCUACACAGUGGCACUUUUCACUCAAUAAUGGAGUAAAACAGUGAAAUAAAACCCAGUCAGUGCCUGAUGGUAAAUUCCUAAUGCCAUUGCUAACAAUUCCAUUUAACUCCCCUUGGAUUGGGGCUGGGUUCUGGAAAGCUUUUACUCCAUUCAUGUACCAAAGGCUGAGAGAGAAAUCUGCAAAACUACUCAAUUACUGGUGCAGUUUUGGGGAGGAAAAGCAGCUGAGAUGGAAUUUUUCCUGGAAAAUAAAUCAUUUUGUGGUGUGUGACAGGAGCAGUGAACAAGGACAAUCUAAAGGGACCAGGAGGACCAGAAAAUAAAUGCUGGUUUAAAUUGCUUUUUGCCAAAUUUUUCCAUUGUACUGUAUCCCCUUUGGGCUGUGGUUGGUGGGGACCUCAUGGGUGGUGAGUAGAGAAGGUCAAUGCUUUUUUUAUUAUUGUUUUUAUUAUUUGUAGUAUUAUUUGCAAGUAGCUACGUGCACUAAUCCCUAAUGUGAAUUUCAUGCAGGUUUUCACGUGGACUUUACAUUCAAUGUUUAAAAUUGUGCUGAAAUCAUGGAUCUGUGUGAAGUAAAUUUACUUUGUUAUCAACUAUGGUAAAAAAUGAUAUUAUUUCAGUGGGGUUUUUUUCUCCAGAGCUUCACUCCCACUGAGCUCUGUACUGGGAAUUGUGUGCCAUCCCUGCAGUGGGAGCUUACUGUGCUUUCUCUGGAAUGGUUUCCCUGUGUGGAAGUGAAUACUGUGUAUCCAAAGUGCCUUAAUUUCCACACCAGGCUGAUUUUUGUGGCUGCACCUCCAUGGCAAGAUGGGUGUUCCAUGAUCAGCUGGAGAUCUGGGGCUGCAUUUCCCAAAGCUUCCUUGCCAGCUCAUCCUGUUCCUGCCAUUGGGAAUGCAGCUUUUGUACCUUUUGUAAACAGUUUUUUUAUGAUUGCCAUAUCCCUGACAUCACCAAGUAUUAAAACAUGGACAUUCAGAUAUCUUCUACUUUUCUUUCCAAGUUGCCUACUAAAACUGACUUUUGGAAUUGUCUAAUAAACAUAUCUGAUGCUUAAA